UGGUUACCAUGAAGGACUCUAUAGAAGCGAGCGGUCUAAUCACAGAAUCACAGACAAGCUCACAUUUGUUGACAUUACUUUAGUGUCUACUGAAUUCGGUUGCGGAACUGCAAACCAGGCAGGAGCAGAGAAACCCAUGUCAAUGUGUGCUCUUUUUAGAUUAGUGACCAUCCCUAAUUUCGGGCGGGCCAUUAGAGCGGGCCAAAGCUAAUCACUCAUGUCGCAAGCGCGUUCGGGCCCACGAGCCCGCAUUCACCGAACCGGAGGGCGAGGCACGGUCACAUUGGCUGAAGCCUCGUCGUCGUCUUCCGCGUCAGAUGAGGUCGCCGAUUCGGAGGCCGACGAAUCUGGCUCGGAACCCGCCGAGCAUGCCUCCGAGACGCACGCUCGGCGCGCUCCUCCCAUGACUCGCACUCGGCCCGCCCUCAGAUCCACCCCUAGCCCAGGACGGGCUCGAAACGCCGAGGCCGGAGCCAGUGCCGGAGCCAGUGCCGGAGCCAGUGCCGGAGCCAGUGCCGGCCAUUUGUUGUCCACGUCGUCUACGUCGUUCACGUUAAACGAGGAGGACCGCGCCAAGAUGGUGGCCGAUGUGGUUUUCUACGUGUUGACGCAAGAGGGCAAGCGCGCGCCUCUCAAGAAAAGUGCCGUGUUUCAAGCCGUCCAUCUGAACGGCAAGCCCCGUGCCUUCCAGGAGGAGGUGUGGCGCGGCGCGCAAGCCCAGUUGUUGGCCGUUUUUGGCUUGGCCCUACUCGAGCAUGGGCCGAAAAAGGGCACCUUUUUCGUGGUCAACAAGGUGGGCGAGGAUCCCGCUCAGGUGGAGGGUGGGCACUUGCGCUUCUCAGAUCGAGAAACCGCUCACCUAGGCUUGCUCCACGUGGUCUUGGGCCUCAUCUUCAUGUCCAAUGACGUACUGCGCGAUGACGUCCUCUUUCAGUUUCUGAAGAAACUGGGUUUGUCCGAGGCCAGUUCGGCUGAAUUGGGCACCACCUCCACUCGACGCUCGCUCGGGGCCCGUAAAGUGUCGGACGCUUCCACCCAGCCCGACAUUUUUGGCAAUAUUCGCGAUCUGAUAUUCAAGGAUUGGGCCCAGAAGCAACAGUAUUUGGAGAUCAAAAAGUUGGAUGAUAGUCCAGAUCCCGAACAACCCAACUACGAAAUCCGAUGGGGGCCUCGAGCCGAAGUGGAGAUCAAAAAGAGUGCCAUGUUAACCCUCAUUGCCAAUUUAUAUGGAUGCAGUGUAACAAAUUUCCGACUCCAGUACAACAAAGUGAUCAAGUUAGAGGGCGAAGGCGCCUUUCGGACCCAAGCUCAGGACUGAUGAUGCUAACUACGUCGAAAUGGUGUCUUUCUAAAAUGAUAUUCCGCCAGUGCUGCUACUGUUCCUACUGCUCCGUCCACAUUAGGUCAAACCAACAACCCACCCACCACCACCACCCCGUUGACUGAGUCCUGGAAAAGUUUGAGAGCGUCUUUUUCUGGAAUCUGGAAAUGAGGGCUCUGUAUUCUCCCGAAGGAAAAGUUUUCUAUGAGGGCUAAAUAAAUUCCCGAACUUCACAUCCGCUAA